AUUUCCCUUUUAGGCCUGGGCCUCUGAAGAGAGGCCUCAAUGUCCAGAGCUCAGAUGGCCACCUAAAUAAGAGAUUCCGCCCCUACAAACGUGGCAUCCCUAUGUCUGGUCGCAGUCACAAUGCCAUUCCCAGCGACUACAGCUCGACUGGAGGGGUGUCUCAGCUCCGUAAGAGAAGAGGUUCCGGUGCCUCAUCCUUCUCCAUCCCCACCUCGUGCUACAUGAAGACAAUAGAGAGGCCAGCAAAGAAAAUGAGAGAAGAGGAGCUUCCUCCUAACUCUGGCUCCUCAGCUCCCUUGGGAAGUGACACGCAGUCCCAGGGAGAACAGGCUACAACCACAUCUGGGAAGGCCAACUCCAGGGAUUCUCCACCCAGCAGCACCCGGCCACGCAAACGCAAAUUCCAACUGGUGCCCUCCAGGCGAGGGAUCCCGCUUAUCUUGCCUGAAACACCCAUCCUCGGCUAUCCCAUCACAGUCGAGGAUUAUGAGCAAGUUCAGACCGACUGGGUGAAGACCAUCUUCGAGGAUAAGACUGGUGAGGAAUACGGGUUAAUUUCACACCCCAGAGAUGGUUCCCUUUGGUUUUAUUUUGGUCUUUCUCCUCUGAGAAAUCCAGCUCUUGGGUUCUCAGUGGACUCCGAGCACAGUGAGCACUGACGUUGAGAUGAAGCAUUUCUACACGAGUUUCCCUGAGUCCCUGAGCCUCCCCGUGCCCUGCGAGGCCCCUGGAAAGAAUUCUCCCACCAGGGAGGACAAGCCCACCUUUCUUUCUUCCUUGGAAACUGCCCCAAACUCUGAGAGUGCGAACCCUCCUGGCCCUCCACCUUCUAAUCUCAUCCUGCCUGCUGCAGGGACUGCUGCUUCCUCAGCCUCCCUCCCAGCCCCAAGCACUAACCUGCUGCUGGGCAGCUUGGGGGAGUUGGCAAACUCCCUGGGCCUACCAUCUUUCCCAGGUGAGCGGGACAGCUUUCUGAGGAGCACAAAGUGUCAUCAGCCUCUGCUUAGGUGAAAGCAGCAUGCCAGUCAGUCACUGAAAAGGUUGAACCUGC